CCCAAAGGUCGCAUGGUGUCAGGGACGCGCCUAGUCACGGGAACGCACAGGAGCGCGCUCACGCGGAGCUGCGGGAGCGCGCCGGAGCAGCGGAGAGCAGAGACCCAAACAGCGUGCGGACACUCACACCUAAAUGCUUUACAUCGGCUCACAAACGACCGCUCAAUGAUUUGCGUCAAGUCCAUUUUUUUUCCAUAUUUGGCGUUUAUUUUAUUUAUUUUUUUGUAUUUUUGCACGGGGAGAAACUGACAUAGCAAAGUCAUCUGUAUGAUCGGGGAGCAGGAACACACAGUAUGGUCCGGGAAACCAGACAUCUAUGGGUGGGAAAUUUACCCGAAAAUGUGCGAGAGGAGAAAAUUAUUGAGCACUUCAAGCGAUAUGGACGGGUGGAGAGUGUCAAGGUCCUGCCCAAGCGCGGUUCAGAAGGUGGAGUCGCGGCCUUUGUGGAUUUUGUGGACAUCAAGAGCGCUCAAAAGGCUCAUAAUGCUAUCAACAAGAUGGGGGACAGAGACCUGCGCACUGAUUACAAUGAACCGGGCACAAUUCCUAGUGCAGCGCGGGGGCUGGACGAUAGUCUGUCCUUAGGCUCUCGUGGCCGGGAUGUAACAGGGUUCACAAGGGCGGCAGGGGGGGCCGUGUAUGGGGCCCCCACGUCGCUCCACAGCAGAGAUGGACGCUAUGAACGCAGACUAGACGGGACUGCUGAAAGUCGGGAUCGAGUGUACGAUCACGGCGCGUAUGGACAUCACGAGCGUCCCGGCAGCAGUUUCGAACGCCAAAGGCACUACGAACCCGACUAUUAUCGCGAUGCAAGAGAGAGGACUCUGAGCGCCGCCGGGAGCGGGUCUGGCACCUCCAGUGGAAGUGGCACAACGGUGUCACCGGGAGUCGCUGGAACUAUAGUUGGGGCCGUUGCCGUGAGCGCGGGAGCUGGUGUGUCAGCGGGGACCUCGGCGGGUGGAACCGGGGGAUCUACGUCCAGUACUGUGGGUUUCUACCGCUCCCACAGCCGGAGCCCUUGUCGUUUUGAGACGCCGGAGACUCGCUACGAGCCUCGAGCCCGGGAACCUUUCACCUUGGCCAGCGUGGUGCACAGGGACCUUUACAGGGAGGAGCGGGGCCGGCGCGGGGAGCGGGCCUACCGCCACAGCCGCAGCCGGUCCCCACACUCCACCCAUUCCCGGAAUCCCUCUCCGCAGAGACUGGUGAGCCAGGCCGCCCGGCCACCGCGCUCCCGCAGCGGCUCCGGCUCUCGCAGCCGCUCCUCCAGCUCAGACUCGGUCAGCAGCACCACCAGCAGCACCAGUGGCAGUGAUUCAAGCAGUAGCUCAAGUGAUGAAUCUCCGGCACGUUCAGUACAGUCUGCUGCUGUACCUGCACCCUCAGCUCUUCCUUUAUCCUCACUUGACAAGGAUGAACCACGCAAAAGCUUCGGCAUCAAGGUCCAAAAUCUUCCUGUGCGCUCUACAGACACAAGCCUUAAAGAUGGUUUGUUUCACGAAUUCAAAAAACAUGGGAAAGUUACAUCUGUGCAAAUCCACGGCGCUUCAGAGGAGCGCUACGGGCUCGUCUUUUUCCGCCAGCAGGAAGACCAAGAGAAAGCGCUCGGAGCAUCAAAGGGGAAGCUUUUUUUCGGCAUGCAAAUUGAUGUUACCGCCUGGAACGGCCCCGAGACUGAAAGCGAGAACGAGUUUAGGCCGUUGGACGAGAGGAUCGACGAGUUUCACCCAAAGGCGACGCGGACGUUAUUCAUCGGAAACUUGGAGAAGACCACCACCUACCACGACUUGCUGAACAUCUUUCAACGCUUUGGAGAGAUAGUGGAUAUCGACAUAAAGAAGGUUAACGGAGCACCACAGUAUGCCUUUCUACAAUACUGUGACAUUGCCAGUGUCUGCAAGGCCAUUAAGAAGAUGGAUGGCGAGUAUCUUGGUAAUAACAGACUGAAGCUGGGCUUUGGGAAGAGUAUGCCUACAACAUGUGUCUGGUUGGACGGUUUGGCCUCAAACACGACGGAGCAGUUUCUCACUCGCCAUUUCUGCCGCUAUGGACACGUCGUCAAGGUUGUAUUCGACAGGAUGAAGGGAAUGGCCCUCAUCCUGUAUAACAACAUUGAAUAUGCACAAGCGGCAGUCAAGGACACAAAGGGAUGGAAGAUCGGGGGGAGUAAAAUCAAGGUGGACUUUGCAAAUCAGGAAAGUCAGAUGGCUUUUUAUCGUUCAAUGCAGGCGUCUGGGCAGGAUAUUCGAGACUUUUAUGACAUUCUGUCUGAAAGAAGGGAUGAACGACGAACCCAGUACGAGUUUCCGGCGGAAAGACAAUAUUAUGAGAACGUACGAACACCUGCAGCAUACAGCGAAGAUCUGCGGCGCAAAUAUCCAGCAAGAAGUCGUGAGUUCUACGCUGAAUGGGACCCGUAUCAAGGAGGAGAUUACUAUGAUUCUCAAUACUUUGAGGACCCUCGGGAAUACCGGGAGUACAGGGCCGACCCGUACGAACAGGACAUUCGCAAAUACAGCUAUUUGCAACGGGAGCGUGAAAGAGAGAGGGAGCGCUUUGAAACAGAUCGUGGACGGGAUCACGGCAGGAGGACCAUCGAGCGCAGUCAAAGCCCCUCUCACGUUUCCACUCGUCGUCCCGCGAGCCCCACCGCAUCUCCCUCCCUGUCCGAGAGGAUACCGAGCGAUUCCGACCGCCGCAUUUGUUGUCGGUCCUCUGAAAGAAGUGGCAGCUGCAGUUCAAUAUCCCCACCCAGGUUUGAAAAACUGGAAAAGGCUCGCUCCGACAGGUACAAUAAAACGGAAAAACUUGAAAGGGAUAGAGCUUUUGAACUUGAGAGAGGAAACCCGGUGGAAAAGGACAAGAGAACUGGGCGUAAAGACCGAGGGGACAAAGACAAAAGUGAGAAACAGAGGCUUAAGAAGGUUAAAGUCACAUCACCCAUUACUCCCAGAAGUGAGAUGGAACCUGAACUUGAAAGGGACGUUAGCCCCGAGUCUGUUCUGCGCAGUAAGGCCACUAAAAUUCCUAAGGAGAGCUCCAGCAAGGGAAGGUUAGACCUUUUACCUUGUGUAGUGCAGUUAACGCGUGUCAAAGAAAAAGAAGGAAAACUGAUCGGGAAUGCUCUGCAAGAAAAACCGAUAAGCAGAGGAGGGAGCGACAGUCCCAGAUUGGCGUCACCUGUAGCCGACAAGAAGAGCCCUCCGUUCCGCUCUGAGCCGUGUAAAACUGACGUCUCUAAGCACGGGAAGAUUCCCAGGGACAAAAAUGUGAACAUUUUGGUGGAAGUUACUGACAGCGAAGGCAAAAUCAAAUCCAAAAAACAUGGGAAAUCUGAAAUUGGAUACGACAGCACUAUUUCUGUGGAUAUUGAUCGUUUGGCUGCGAGAAAAAGGCGCUUCGAAGACUCUGGACGAACAGAUAGGCAAAAGAGAAAUAGUGAAGAAGACCCUGGCAGACCUGGAUUUUAUAAAUUGUGGAGCACUGCAAAAGAGACAGACUUGGAGAAGAGCUUUUUGAUACGAGGGAUGCAUAAAAAGGAGCACCACAAGGAUAAAUGUAUCCGGAUGGUUUCCGUUAACAGCCCCAAGGAUGGACGAGAGUAUGAAAGCAACUCUCUGGGCUUCCUUCUGGAGCAGCAUUCCCAUCUUGGGGGGCUUCCAGAAGACUCCAUGGAGCAAUUGGACUCUCCGUACCUUAAACUGGAUUUAGAGGGCUCAAAAAGUGAAAACGGCUCUAAUCUCACAAAGUUAUCAGAAGAUGGAAGUCUCGAUCUGCACGAAUUAAAAGAACAAAAACAGGUUUUAUCUGAAAAUGAACAAAGGCGGAAAAAAUGCAGAGACCCUGAUGGAGACGAACAUUUUGUGAACAUUGACCAAACAAAUAUUUGCACAAAACAAAUUGAACGGAGUCAUUGGCUCAGAUUAAAGCUUGGUGACCCCGAUAAAACCCACAAGUUUGAAAAGUCACCAAACGAUGACAUUUGCGAUUAUGAAAAGGAUUAUAUAAUACGUGAUGUUGGAAAAUCAGUUCAGGAUGUGGCCAGCGAUGAUUUAUCUUCUAGUAAACGAAAGAAAUUGGAGACUGUUGACUUUGAAAUGCUCAAAUUGAAACGAGAGCGCACCUUUAGCAGUUCCCAAAAAUUGAAUGAAGACUUAUGCAACAUAGCAUCUUCUAUCGACGCGGGUCAGUUUUCUGACAAUGAGGACGAUGAAACUGCCCAGAUUUCUCUGUCGGUUACAAAAAAAGACAGAAGAUCCUCUCCAGCAACAGAUGAUAAAUUCUCACAAACAGAAUUGUUGAAAAACAGUUUGAGCCUGACAGCCAAACACUUUCAGUCCCCCGACAAUGAGCUCCCCAAACUCAAAACAUCCCUACUUGGAUGUGAUGAUGAUUUAAUGCAACAUUGGGAAAGACAGAUGAAGUCGGAUUCCCUGAGAAUGGAAAUGACGCUCCCAAGUGACAUUUCGAAGCGUGAAAGCAUCCACAAACGACUAAGCCAGGAUUUGGAACCUGGAGAAGUGCAGUCUGAUUCAGAUGACGACGGAGAGAGCAAGCAGAUCUCUCCCAAGUCAAGUAGAUCCCUGUCUUACAUCCUGAGGGAUCGUGACGAGAGGGUGGGAGACUUCAAACUUUCAGGCUCCUUGGAGAAAAAUAAGUUUUACUCGUUUGCGUUGGAUAAAACAAUAACUCCUGACACUAAAGCACUCCUUGAAAGAGCCAAGACUCUGUAUUCCUCCAGGGAGGAUAAUUGGUCUUUUCUUCCCUCGCGCUUUCCAGCUUCCCACAGCUGUUCAGACAAGGACAAGGCCGAGCUGGCACCUCGACCUAUUCCGUCAUGGUACAUGAAAAAGAAAAAGAUCCGGACGGACUCCAGUGAAAAGCUGCGCGACAAAAAAGAGGAACUCAAGCCACUUGACCAAGAACGUCAGGAAUUAUUUGCUUCUCGUUUCCUGCACAGUUCAAUCUUUGAACAGGAUUCCAGGCGUUUGCAGCGCCUUGAACGUAAAGACCAAGAUUUAGAAGGUGAAAGUAACAAACCUUUUACCAAGAUUGGCAUUACCGAGCCACGUCCUGAAUCUGGAGACGCUGACAUUCCCCCGGAGCCCAUAGUACUUUUCCAUAGCAGAUUUUUGGAGCUUCAGCAGCAGAAAGACAAGGACCACCCUCCACCUGAAACUGAGAGUGAUCCAGUUGUCGCCGACAUUAAGAAAGAGGAAGCUCAUAAUUCUGAUAGUGUGACAUCUGACCGGGAAUCGGAUCCAGUGCUGAAGUCUAACAGCAAAUCUGCCAGCCCUCCGUUAGCUUUGACAGUUUCGCCAUUGGUCCUUUCCCCCAAAGAAACGUCUUUACCAGAGAAGAAGGAAGUUUUGUCCCCAGAUCAGCCAGAACUGUUUGUCAAAGAGGAAAAAGUUGAGCCAGUUGUUGAGAUGUCCCCUUCUCAUUCUCCUCCAAUAGAGGACUUUAAAUCAGCUGUUCCUAAGCUGACUAUUACUCCCACACUAAAGGUUUCCGAACCAGAAAAUGAAACGGAAACAAAAGCAGAGCUAACUGACCGCAAAAUGAAAUUUGGUGAUAAUUUGGUGGUGGAACACAAUCCUGUUGUGGAAGAUAAACCUCCCACUCCCAGUGGUUCCCUCAAUGCCCGCGAAACAAAGAGUGCAGAAUCUGCAUACCCUGAUUGCUUAAAAGUGGAAGAAAAACCAGAAAUUAUUAAGACGGAGCCUGAAAUUGAAAAUCAGGAAACGAAGCACUUUGAGGAAUCUCAGAAAACUGAAACGGAUAGUGAGCUAUGUAUGCCAGAGCUGGAGGUGGAAAUUAAACCAUUACCAAACCGCAGACAGCCUAAGGGGAAAAAGGCCAAAUCUUUGUCCGCGUUGCGAGCAGCACAACUAACCCAAGCUGUCGGCACUGACAAACCCGCUACGCGAAAAAGUGAACGAAUUGACAGAGAAAAGCUAAAAAGGGCCUUAUCUCCUCGGGCCGAAGCACCCAAAAUAUCACCGGAGUCUAAAUCAACGUCUAAGUCGCCAGUGCACGCGUCAGAUUCCGAGCAAAACCUCGAGUCAAGUCUGAUUCAUGGGAGAACACGUCGGAGGAACGUACGGUCGGUCUAUGCCACGCUACAUGAAGAUGAAGCUGGAAAAGAGGUCGUAGAGUCAUCACGUUCCAUGCGCAGACGUGGCGCUGAUAAAGAACCAGCGCAGCAGGACGUUCAAACGCCUACCAAUGCCAGGCGAGGGCGGCCUCCUAAGAGAGGUGUCAAACGAGCUGAAGACGCCUCACCGGUGAAAGCUGAUCAGAAGAAAAUGAUGGAGGUGGACACAGAAGUCAAAGAGGUCAAAGAGGCAACAAGCCCCGUGGAAGUUGUGAAGGCCUCUGAGGGAUGGCGUUCCCCCCGUACGCAGAAGUCGCAACAAACGCCUGUAACCUCACCUACGACGGCAAACAAAAAAGGAAGCAGAGCAGACAAAAUGUCCGGCAGCAAAUUAGUGUUGACUGAACAAGAUGAUUCGACGAGUCAGGAUGAGAUGGAGCUCAAGCCUAAAGCUGAGUCUGAGCUGUUUGAUAAGUUAACUGAUGAAGACACAAAAGAAGACACAAACUCACCCAUGCAAAGAAAAGAAAAAGACUUAAAAGAUCCUGUUGGGAAAAAAUCUGCUGAUGGUGACGUUGAAAAGACGGACACCGUCCCCUCUGAGAAUAGACAGGCUGAAAAGACUGUUAAGAUGAAAACGCCAAGGCUCAAACGAAACACCAAGCAGGUCACUGAAGACAAAUCCCACAGUUUGAAAAAUCUUGAGAUCCGUGUUAGUGUUGAUGACGUGAAAGGUUUACUUCGUUCUGAAGAUGUCGAACCCAAGACCCUUGAAACGGUCAGUAUUUCAAAAACAAAGACAUUAGUGCAAGAGACGGAGGAAGGGCAGACGACAGACUGUACAAAAGACUGCAAAGAGCCUGGUUCACAAGAAAAGGAAGACGAGCUAUCAGAACCCGAGAUUCCUGUGGAUCCAGCCGCAGUUCUUUUAGCACGACAGAUGGAACUGGAGCAGGCAGUUGAAAAUAUUGCCAAGCUUACAGCUGAUCAACCUCCUCGGACAUAUAAGGAACCACCACCAGAGCAACCUCCUGUCGUCGUUGCUCCUGUUGUCGUGGAACCAGAAAUUGAAGUUGAGGAGGAGAAGCCGGCUAAUCCUGCAAGCGAAACUGAACUCGCCGCUGCUAUAGAUUCCAUCACAGCUGAAGAAAGCUGCGCAGAUACAGAUGCGUUCACAGCUACUCCGACUUACACUUCUCUUAUUCCUACCCCUGAUUCUGUAAUAUCCUCCUCUUCAUCGUCAAAUGAGAUAAUGGAACCUGAAACACAUAUGGUAAUCAAUAAUAUUCUUGCUGGGGGCCUGGAUGAUGACUCUCAAACAAGCCCGAAGGCGUCAGGAGCAGAGUCGAAAGCAGCCGACGACCCCAUUCUGCUUGAAACACCCAAGAAAACAAGCAAAGUUAAAGCCAAAACUCCAAAGAAGUCAAAAGGCCGUAAAGGUGCAGCUAACAAAAAAGGAGUUGCCGCUGAAGAGCUUUCUCAAUCUGAGUCUUCCCCAGUCAAGUUACCUGAAUCAAUACCAGAAGAUCCACAAACUAUCAAUUCAAAAGCAGCUACUGGUACAGCCGGGGCCACUGCAGCAACCUCUGUGGUCACUGCUGUUGCAACUUGUAGGCGAGAUGUUACAAGUGCUAUAACUGUAGACACACCCAAAGAGGCAGAACAGCCGGAGGUUGAACAGCCCGUACCCAAAGAAUCUGCCUUCCAUUCAGGCACAAGCAACAUCUCUGUUUGUAAAAAGCUUCCCCAACCGCCAGAGCUAGGCAUUCCCAGUUUCAGCCCUGCUUGCAUACAACCAGUAUCCCAGUUCAGUUCCCCCCUGCUGCGACCGGCCAAAAUGCCACGUUUACCCGAGUGGCCACAAAGGUCUGAAGAAAGCAGGAUUUACGUUGCUCCUUCGUGUCACGUCACAGUGGUGACUCCCACCGUGUCUGCAUCGACUCCUCUUGCAACCCCUUCGGCAAACCCCCCAAUGCCCCCGGAUACCAAGGCGUCUGACAUCGACCCUAGUUCCAGUACCUUGAGAAAAAUCUUAAUGGAACCAAAAUAUGUGUCUGCAUCAAACAGCAACUCUAUACCCACCACUGUAGUCACCUCAGCGCUGUCAGAAUGUUCACGGAUAUCAGAAAAUGAAAACCCCCCUGAAGCAGUGGGUUUAAGACAGUUACAUCCUGAAGAGAGACCACCAUUGCCACCCCAGCCAAUACACUAUAAACCAUCUCCCCUCACAGAGUCCCAACAGAACUGUGGAGAAAAGAAGCAACAUACAAUUAUUUCUCCUACUACCUCAGUUAUAAGUCGAAUUCCAAUGCCUUAUGAUACAGAAGAAACCCCACGAAUUUCCUUAAGCAGCCGAUCCAUGGGCCUGCACAACCCUAAGCAAAAGUUUAGAUCCAACUCCAAUGAGAAUAAUCGCUGCCAUGGCAUGGAAGUAGUAGAAGAUGGGAAUAGAGGGCGCUCAGUUGUUGAGCCUACCCCUUAUCAUACAGGCUCCACUCCUGGCUUAAGGGUCAAUACGUCCGAGGGUGUUGUUGUUCUCAGUUAUUCUGGUCAGAAAACUGAAGGACCUCACAGGAUGAGAGCCAAAAUCAGCCAGAUUCCUCAAGCUAGUGCUGGCGAUAUAGAGUUUCAGCAAUCGGUGUCCAAAUCUCAGAUAAAGCAAGACCCACUCAUAACAUCAUCGCAGUUACCAAGCUCAAAAGUAGCCCCUACCGGUUAUGGGCACACCGGGGUCCUUCUGACGACUCAGUCCUAUAAUUCUCAGCCUGUCAUUUCCAGUACCAAGCAGGAUAGUCUUGGCUGUGACAAAUCUGAAACUCCGUAUCACACAGUAUCUCAGGGUGUGGUAAAGAUGUUCCAGCCACCAGUCAGUUCUUCUCAAGUCUUGAUGUACAACCAAGCGGUGAUUCAACAGCAGCAUAGCAAGAGGGCACUAGUGACGGACCCUUUGGCAAAGAAAAUGGACAUCAGCAAAGCUGUACAGCAGUCUAACCUGAGCCCAGUCAUGAGCCCGCAUCACCCUUCACUAUCUGGAACGCGGAUGAGUCCCAGCCCUGGCAUGGCAAAUGAUCGGUCAGCUCUACAACUCAAGCAAGAGCCCCAGUCUCCACGAACAGCUGGUCAUUCACCUUCUCCCUUUGUCAAAUCUUGUCCACCGAGCAAUUCCCCUAUUGGCACUUCCGUUGUUCUCAGUCAUGGGAUUCCACCAAUGUCUAAAUACCAUUCGAACAUGCAUCACCCGCACUCGGAACAGUCGUCUGUCAUAAUUCAGCCUCACAGCGUCACCCAGUCAAUGGCUCAUGAGGCCAGAAUGAACAGCCCACCUAUCUCUGGGAUAAACUAUGGAAGAAGAGGAGACUCCCUGUCUUCGCCACACCCAGGGCCUCCACAGCGCUCAAACACACCGCCGUCCAACGUCAUUCGCGAUUUGGUAUUGCAGUCUCAUUCAAGUCCCCAAGGAUCCCUGUCGAGUGGUGGAGGCAACAGCGGCAGUGAAGAGGAGCCCAGACACUUCAACCAAACCCGUACGAGAACGUCCAUUCCCCAGCUUCAGUCAGAUGUGAUGAAGGUUCACAGUGAUCACAGAGGUCUUCAUUCAAACAUUCGCAUGGAUCCAUACAGAGACAUGCACCAGCGCAUACUCAUGCACCAGCAACUGGGAGAUCAGGCCAACGUGGAUGCAAGACAGUCACGCAGCUCAGAGACCGGAACAGCAUCAUCAAGUAACAUCCCCGGGCCUUCAAACAGUCCUAUUUUGGGAAAAAGCAUGGAGCUUUCAGCUAAAGAGCCUCUGAAACCACUUGAAGGAAAGAUGCUGCAUCCAUCUUCCAAUGACAGUAGAAUUCGAGGGGUCCAUGGGUCUACUCCGGUCAUGGUGUCUCCUCACCUUCAUGGGGUUCAGCUGAUGCAUCCAGGAGUGGCAGGAUCCUUUCCAGUAUACCGAGACAUGCGGGGCUUCUCCCAGUAUCCGGGACACAACCUACCCAACCAAAGUCUUGCUUCUUCCCAGGCUCCUCCAGACCCCGAGCCAGGAAACAGAGCAAAGAUGUCUCAGUUGCACGGGGGAGGGCGUGACUUCAAGCCCGAGAGCUCGCAUCUCCGCCACACUGCUUCUUCAGACCUCUCACACAUUUCCCGAAUCCCAAGAGACACAGUCUCACCGUCGUACCAGUCUCCGUUGAUAUCCCCCAUGGGUUUCACUCACAAGCCAGACCUCUCGCAACAGAAAGCCCCCCCAUCUGUCCUCCUCACACCUUCUCCUACAGUACCUUCAUUGAGUCCACAAAAGUCCCGCUAUGAUGCUAAGCUGGAACAUUCAGGACACCGGUCCAUUGAUAUGGUGCAGCUUUUGAAGAAAUAUCCUAUAGUAUGGCAGGGACUGUUGGCACUAAAGAAUGACCAGGCUGCGGUCCAGCUACACUUUGUGUCUGGCAACACCGUGCUGGCCCAGCGCUCCCUGCCACCCCUGGAGGGAGGCUCUCUGCUUCGGAUUGUCCAACGAAUGAGGCUCGAGGCUUCUCAGUUGGACAGUGUGGCGCGCAGAAUGACUGUGGAAGGUGACUACUGUUUGCUGCUGGCUCUGCCAUGUGGCCGAGACCAGGAAGACGUCCUCGGUCAAACCCAAGCCUUGAAAAGCGGCUUCAUUACCUAUUUGCAAGCCAAACAGGCAGCUGGCAUCAUCAACGUGCCCAACCCUGGCUCCAAUCAGCCAGCUUACGUGGUGCAGAUUUUCCCGCCGUGCGAGUUCUCUGAGAGCCACCUGUCACGCCUGGCCCCGGACCUUCUCAACAGCAUCUCUAACAUUUCUCCUCACCUCAUGAUUGUUAUUGCCUCUGUUUAAUGACCUCCGUUCUUCUCCUGAACAAAGCCAACACCAGCCCUUUUGGAUUCAUCCAGUUUGGAAACUGGAAUUGCCUCAUAUUUUUUUAUCAGUUUGACGACUUUUCUUUUUUUUUUAUACGUUUUUUUUUUUUCUUCUUUGGACUCACCGUUUCUUCUUCACUACACCAAGUCCUUAAAUCACCCAGUGAUGAUGAAUUCUUAAAACUCUCUUCCUGAAGAGGAUGUGAAUGGUGAGGGGUUAAAUGGGGACUUUUGAUGGUCAUUACUGAUUGCUGUUUUCAUUUUAUUUUUGUUGCCAUUUUUGGAGGUGUUGCACAUACCCUUUUAUAAUUCAUAACAUUCAUAGGGCUGUGGAUGGAGACCUUCCAGUGGGAUAUUUUUUUACCUUCAUACAAGUGAUAGUGAUUUUUUUUAAGACAAUGUGAGAAGUCAUUGCACUAUGUUAAGGAGAAAUUGUGAAUUCUGUACAGAUUUGAGUAUAAAUUGAUAUGUGUAAUGGAUUUAUUCAUGUGAUCAUUCUUACUUGUGCUCGAGUAAAGGAAAUCAUUGCCUGGAAAAUGAUCAAGAUUCUUUUUAGCCUCAUCAGUUAUACUGCUUUGGCUUUUUUUUUUGUUUUUUUUUUUUGUUUUCUUUUUAAAUCAUCAGCAAAUUUCUACAUCAUUUCCAAACUUGACUCUCCAUCAAAGCGUUCCCUGCCCCAGGAACUCGUGAUGGGACCUUUUUAGAGUUGUACAGUUUACACUCAAUGCCUCAAGAGGGGACUUUGUAAAAAAUAUUUAAUUUGUUUAUUUUUGUUUGCAUCUUCUUUAAAACCUAAGGGUAUUGUGGACAAUUGUGAAACUGUAAAUAUUAUAAAUAGUUAAAGACUGAAGCAACAUGGAGAGACCAAGCUAAAUAUUUUAACAAGACAGAUCAUCAGUUUUUUUUGUCCUUUAUUCUUUUUUUCCCCCUCUUUGACUUUUCUUUUUUGUUUUUAUUUAUAUUGCACUAUUUUACUUUGGGCAGAGCAAGAAUGUGGAGCAGUGGGGAAAGACAUUUGCAAAAAAGAAUAAACAAACUGAAAACCUUUUUUUUUUUGUGCCAAAAUGUCUUGCAAAUGCUCAAGAUGUGCAUGUAUGUAAAUUACAUGUGAUCAGAACCUAUUUUCCUAUGUGACUUUUUUUGUUUUUAUAUCUCUCAUCAACACAAUUCUGUUACCAGAGUGCUUUGUUCAUAACGAAAAUAACAUUUUCAUUUGAAGGAACCUUUUGUACUGUAAGGGGUUGUUUAUUUCCGUUUGCGUCCCCCCGUGUGGUCCUCUACUGCCCCCUGCUGUCUGAAAAUGAUUUUCUUUAUGCGUUAAAGACUGCAGACUGAAGUCAUUUAUGCCACUACUCUGUGUCAGAUGUGCUAUAGCAUGCUUUAUUUUCAUAUCUUAAAGGGUAAAGUAGGUUCAUUAUGGCAAAGAAUGUGAUUUAAACUUGACAUAAAGCCGCUAAUGGAUGUGUUUAUCAUAUGUCUCCAUCUCUCUUAACUGUGUCCUUGAGCCAAGCUGUAAAUACUGAUGUCCUUAAUCCGUACUCUUGUGUAUUCCCCUUUACAAUUGUCUUUCUUCAGGGUCUAUAUUUUUGUUUUGUGCAACAAAACAAAGCAGUCUAAAAGAGACGGGAGAUGAGGUGUGUGAAACCGAUGCUGAAAGUAAAACCAUGCUUGUCAGUUUUGUGAUGUAAAUAUUUCUUUGACUGCAAGCUAAGUACUCUCAUGGUUAUGUUGAAGGCACUUAUAAUUUUUGAUAUACAAAUGAAAAGAAAAAAAACAAACAACAUUAAAAAAAAACAAUCUCAAAACGGUGAUUAUUAUGAAAAAUGUCUUUUGAUCAAUCUUCACUUUGAGUGUAUUUCGCUGUUCCUCCAUGAGGACAUUUUAAACUGUAACAUAAAUGGUUGUUUAACUUACUUCUGAAGAUCAUUAAAUGGUCCAUAACUCUGUG